GAAUGCGUAAUUAACGCUAUUAAUUAAACACGGUUUUUGUUUUCUCAAGAAUAUUCCAUCACACGCUCAAAGAUUCUAAGUUAAUCAAUGUUUAGCGUGUCAUAAGAUUUUUACCAUUCUUAACUAUUCUUAAUCAAUAAGUUAAAUAUUAUUUUACUACUUUGCUAUAAAUUCCUCGUGCCGUCACACAUCACAACACUCACACACACACCAAUCAACUUCGCCGUUUCCAACUUUACUUCAAUAUUCGUUCUUAUUAGUAUACAAACAACAAACAGCGUUAAUCUCAAAACGCUUUUUCUUAAAUCUAAAUUCAAAACCGUUUCUUAUGCCAAUUUUCUAGGUCACUUUUUUUUUUCCCUUCUUCUACUAUAGAGGUAAAACUGAGCACUGGUUCUGUGCCGUGUGCUGCCUUGCCAACCUCGGUAUCUGUAAAUGGGCUGUUUCACCUCUAAACCAACAAGACAGUUUCCUGGGAAGGAGGAUCCAAUCAUUCUUGCAUCACAGACAGCUUUCACUGUCAGUGAGGUCGAAGCAUUAUUCGAGCUUUUUAAGAGCAUCAGCAGUUCUGUUGUUGAUGAUGGACUAAUAAGCAAGGAAGAAUUUCAAUUGGCAAUCUUCAAGAAUAAGAAAAAGGAAAAUAUCUUUGCUAAUCGGAUCUUUGAUCUAUUUGAUGUCAAGAAGAAGGGUGUUAUUGAUUUUGAUGACUUUGUUAGAUCCCUCAAUGUCUUCCACCCAAAUGCAGCAGUAGAAGACAAGAUAGACUUCUCAUUUAGGCUCUAUGAUUUGGACAAUACUGGCUUUAUAGAGCGUCAAGAGGUCAAGCAAAUGUUAAUUGCACUUCUUUUCGAGUCUGAAAUGAAGUUGGCGGAUGAUGUUAUAGAAUCAAUUCUAGACAAGACUUUCUUGGAUGCUGACUUGAACCAAGAUGGCAAAAUAGACAUCGUCGAGUGGCAAAAAUUUGUUUCUGAUAAUCCAUCACUGCUCAAAAUCAUGACCCUUCCCUACUUAAGGGACAUAACAACUUCUUUCCCAAGUUUUGUAUUUAAUUCUAACGUGGAUGAACUUGCUGCUUGAGAGUACACAACUUUAGGUUUUACUAUUAUUGAAAGAACACGACCUUAGGUUCUCAAUUAUAUUAUUUAGAGAAUUUGAUGUGUUUGUAAGAGCUCAAACAGAAAAGAAUAGAUGACAUGCUUGCUAUAGUUAGCCUUUCUCAGUGAGUUAUAAUUUGUAAAUCACAUUCUCAUUGAAAUAUUUCAGUCAGUUUCCCAA